AUGUCUUCCUAUAGACAGAUGAUCAGCUCCCACUGCCUUGCACCCUGCGAAGUGACCUGCCCACAGCCAAUUGUGAAUGCCUGGAGCCGUCCCUGUGUCACCUCCUGUGGUGAUUCAAGAGCUGUGAUCUACCCACCCCCUGUGGUCAUGACCUUCCCAGGACCCAUUCUUAACUCCUGCCCUCAGGAGAGCAUAGUGGGCAGCUCAGCACCAUCCAGCACUAGGAGCUUCUUUGGAUCCAUGAGCUCUCUGGGUCACAGUGGCUCCUACGGCUCUAGGAGCUUGUACAAUUAUGGGAGAUCAUAUUCUUCCUAUGGAUCCAGUGGUUAUCGUUUUGGGAGCUGCAGACCAUGUUAA